AUGAAGUUGGUGCUACAGUGGAGAUGCAGUGGCAUAGGCAUUGGCAGAGGAACAUUUGUGGAUAUAAAUGGUCACGAUAUGUUGCUCAUCUCUCUGGUGAAGUUUGUGCAAGAGUUGUUGACUGUGGUUACAUUGAUGGGCACAGGCAAACUUGGUGAUCUACUACCUAUUCUGACUAUUGUUUUGAGCACCAGGCCUCUUGUUGAUGGGUUGAUGGCAAUUGAGGCUUUAGCUGAUGGAUUGGUUGAGACCAAACAACCAAAUGACAUUCCUGCAAUUAAUGGUGCCACAACCUGCAGUGGUAGUUCAGACAUCCCUUGCCUUAAUCAUGAUCAAUCAGUUUUAGUGGAAAGCUUAGAUGUACCUGAUUGGGCGACUUCUUUCCCUGGUUAUUUUGAAGACUGUGGGCCAGUUGCUACAUAUAACCAUGUUGAUGACAUCGGUUCGCCUGUUCAUGAGUACCUCCCUAGAAAGGUUGUGCCAAUUGGACCUGAGCACCAGGCUGACAUUCCAGAAUGGAAGCCCCGAAUCUCUAUGAUUGUACCUGGUGCUUCUGAGUUUUGUGCUGAUCUGAAUUGUAGUUCUGCUUCCACUUCAGAGUCUGUUCCCAGAGGUGAUGACUAUGUAAGUGACAAGUGGAUCAGGUACUGUGUUGUUCCAAUGACGAGCUGCUCAUCUCUUGUUGACUGGUCUGGAGACAACAAAACAGAUUGUAACUGUAGUGACGAGGGUUCUAUGAGGUGUUCCAGACAGCAUAUUAUUGAAGCAAGGGAUAGCCUCAAAAUGAGCUUGGGACAGGACAUGUUUUGUGAGUUAGGUCUUUGUGAAAUGGGAGAGGAUGUUGCUCAGAGAUGGACUGAUGAGGAGGAGAAGCUCUUCCAAAGAGUUGUUUUCUUAAAUCCUGUCUCCUUGGGCAAGAACUUUUGGGAUCACCUUCCAGAUGCAUUUCCUGGUAAAACUAGCCAGGAGCUUAUUAGCUACUAUUUUAAUGUUUUCAUGCUCAGGAAAAGGGCCCAGCAGAACAGGUCAGACGUGUUGCGUGUGGACAGUGAUGAUGAUGAACUGCAUGGUGAACCUCUAGUUGAGCGGGAGGAAGGGGAUCCUGCAGUUGAGUCCUCUAUACAUGAACAUUUUGUCAGCAAUUCUCUGCCCAUGGACGAUGACGAUAAAGAGUUUGAAGGAGCACAGUUUGAUGGAUCUUUGUGUGAGAAGUCAGUAUACAGUGCAGUUGAGUGCAGACAUCUACCAAAUCAGAUGCCUGCGGAUUCAAAUACGGUGAACACUGCACAAGAUGUUUAUGACCAAGAUAAUGGAGCUCAGUGUACAGAGUUUCACAUGUCACUGCCAAAUGAUACUUCAAACAAUCUUGGUGAUCAAAUUGCAUCUGUGUAG